GCAGCCGAAACAUUUCCUGACUGGCAGCGUUUCAAUGACGCAAGUGCAACGGAUAGCAGAUCGUUUUGGUCUAAAGUUUUCUGCUACUGAGUCCUGAAGCAGUUGCAACUAUUCUUUUGGCGUAAAAACAGGGGUUCUAUUUAUCGUUUUGAUUUUGGAUGCAGAAAAAUGGCAGAAUGUCCUGAGAAUAGAUUGAGUGGGAUGAAAACCUUUGAAUUUGCUGGAUUUCAGUUUCCAUUGUCGUCACUCAUAACAGCAGAAUCAAUCCAAAAAUACUUCGCUGUUCGUACGCAACCAAAUGAUGUUUUUAUUUCGUCAUAUCCGAAAUGUGAUAGCAAUUCUGUGGACUUGAUUCUUUGGAAUCUAUUGUUCCCUGAGCAGAAAGUUCAAGAACUGAAUAAUCUAACUAACCGGCAUCUACCAUGCAUGGAAAUGACUAUUGCUGAGGGUUAUUUGAAAAAUAUGCUACAACAAGCUAUGAAGUACAAUAAACCAAGACUUUUUAAGACUUAUCUACCUUUCCGGCUCAUUCCGAUUUACAAGAGAGCUAAAUACAUUUAUGUUGUAAGAACUCCAUGGGAUGUUUGUGCAUCAUAUUAUAGGUUUCUUCGUCAACUGGAGUGUGUAGGUGAUUCAUUUGAAGACUUCUCUGAAGAUUUUUUAGCUGGAAAUGUUGCUUAUGGAAGUAUUUUUGAUCAUGUUGAACCUUGGGUAAAAUUGGUAGGAACUGAUAAUAUUUUAAUAAUUAGUUAUGAACAUGUGCAGCACAAUCCACGAAGCGCUAUGUUUACAAUCGCUGCUUUUCUGGGUGAUAUGUAUUUAAAGAACCUGGCAGACAUUCCAGAUUAUGAAAACAACAUUCUCCGAUCUCUAAAUUGGGAUCAAACGAAAAAGUGCACAUCGGAUCAAACGGAUCCACCAUUAGUCAAAACGAUUGCUGAUGCGGUAUUGUUGAAAGAAAAAUCUGGUGUUAAAGUAAUAAAGAAACCAACGCUCACGUUUUCACAGCUUAAAAUUGUAGCUGAAAAAGUUUCUGAAACCUUUCCUGGUGUGAGUAUUGAACAGUUAUGGCUCAAUUUGCUAAAGAAAAAGUUAGCCAUGCUUUCUAAGGAAUAGGUGGAACAUUAUUAUUAUUAUACUGCCUAAACGUCCAAAGACUCUUUCACGGACUAUCCAUAAACCUCCAGCAAAACUUCCAGUGAAAACGGCUUGAGAUAUCAAGGAGGAUACGAGAUAUCGGAGGUGGUUAAGGAAAGACACGUUUUUUAGAUUUGUGUCCUCUAACUAUUGUAUUAAACCCACCGUAUACACGUAAUGUGGUGCGAAAAACACGUAGUUCAAAGAGCCAGAACAACCGGAUGCGUACAAGUUGUGUGCUCAUACCAUUAAAAAAAGUCUAUAAUAUUAGCACGAUCUUUUGCGCCCGACGCACAUAGGUGUAUUUAACCAGUAAAACCGGACAAAAACCAAAAUAAAAAAAGUUUGACGAAAAUUGUUUUAAACCUACUUUACUUCAAGUCAGAUAACUGUACUAUCAAAGGACAGCAGUAAAGAUCUCACCUGUUGCAUUUCCGUUGGUGUACGCUAGUCGGAGCUUAGACAUUGUUGGAUCCUCUCGCUUUUGCUUUCGAUGCUUUUCAUGCUAAGUCUCCAUUUUAUUGUUACUGUAUUUGAAUGCGAUGAAAUUUAGUAAAACAAACUUUUGAAUAUGGAAAAGGGAAGUAUGUAGCUCCAUCUAAAAUCCUGCUUCGUUGAAUUUUUUCGCCAUUUGUCAUUUUCUUACUCUGAAAUUAAGUCAAAAUUGCGUGUUUAUUUUUCACUGAAAUUUUUAGAAAUGAAACUUUUUGUUAACUUUCCGGGCCGAGUCGGGCUGUACUUUUGUUAUGGGCAUAAAAUAUAGACUGUCUGCUAUGAUAUUCUGUAAAAACAUCUUCCGCCUAUUUCCGCCAUUUUGUUUUAAGACGUUUAAAGUUGGUGAUUAAAAAUGGCUUAACUAUUUCCAGUUCAGAGAUUUUUCUUAUUUCUUUAUAAAUUCUUCUGAAACUGUCAAAUCUUAUACCAGAAUAUGAUAUAUGAUAUUAUGAAAGAAUUCAAAGCCAUGAUACUGGAUAAAAAGUGUACAU